GCAGACGAGAACUCGUCAACAGUGCAUAAGUAUAUUGCGAAAAGAAGAAAGCAUUCAUGAAAAGCGAGUGAAUUUUUAGAAUUAUAAAGACUUGUCAGACGGAGGGAAACGAUUGGGCUCGUCUCGCUAGAGAAAAACUGGGAGAUGAUCUCACAAACGAUACGUAACUCACUGCCGGUGGCAGUGCUGACGUUAUCUUUCGUUAUAGCUUUGAUACCAUCGUCGAUCCAUGCGACUUGUUCAACCUCUCUAUUCGAAUGCCUUGACGAACCUGGGAAGUGCAUUCCGAAAACUUGGAUGUGCGAUGGGAAAGCCGAGUGUAACGACGGCUCUGACGAAAGCCCGGAAUUCUGCGAUAUUGGAGCUUUUGGAUGUCUUAUUGAAGUGGUUGCCCGAAGUCUGGGUGAGGCCGAUUAUGACGGAAAUGCUACGCAGUACUCGGAUCAUGGUCUAUUUUAUUCUAUUCUCGUAUUCGCUGAUAAGGAAGCCUGUAACUCGACACUAGUUUUCAAAUGUCCUGACGGCAACUGUAUUUCUUCACGUUGGGUUUGCGACGGGCGCAAGGAUUGUGCAAAUGGCGAAGAUGAAAAACGCUCCUUAUGCCCGGAACGAGAGUGCGGUCCAGAUUUCUACCGGUGCUCUGAUGGGUCCGGUUGCGUGCCGCAAAAAUUCGUUUGUGACGAUAUGCGAGACUGUGCCAAUGGGGAGGACGAGCUGGGAUGUGCGAGUUCGAAGCGUUGUGCGGACGAAGACUUCGCGUGCGCGGAUGGCGAAGGCCUUUGCGUGCCGAAAUUGUGGCUGUGUGACGGGAAGCGUGACUGUCGUGACGGGUCUGACGAAAUGGAUUGCCUCAGCAGGAAUUGCUCUGCAGCGGAGUUCAGGUGCGGAGAUGGCAAGUGCAUCAAUGCUGGCUGGGUAUGCGACCAGUCGCCGGACUGCGACGACGGGUCCGACGAAAAGGGUUGCCCGGAACCCACUUUGUCAAGAACCCACACGCUGCCAAGCGCCGAUUGUGAGGACAAGUCGGACGAAGACGAACGACUUUGCAAACGUUACAACUCAUCCUGUCGAGCGGAUCAAUUCAAAUGCGGCGAUGGAUCGUGCAUCCCGAGUCACCUCCAGUGUAACGGGAAAACCGAGUGCAAUGACGGGGCAGACGAAAAAAACUGUAAAGUGGCGACCUCGAUGUGCGAUCCCGGAAAGGAGUUCGCGUGCGGAACGGGUCCGCAUUGCGUUCCGCUGACGCGGGUGUGCGACGGUACCAAGGACUGUCCAGAUGGCAGCGACGAACCCGCGGAGAAGUGCAACGUGGACGAAUGUGCCAUCCACAACGGCGGCUGCCAACACACGUGUGUCAACACGAAAACCGGGUUUCGGUGCGAGUGUCCUGGCCCAAUGUUCGAGAGGUUAAGAUAUUGA